UUUAUUAGUGUUAUUUGUUUUUAAGAAAAAAAAUAUUUUUACAAAUUUUGAUAUUAACAAUGUUGGAAAAACCAUGGCUAAGAAUAGUUUACAUAAUUCCGUAUUCUUGGUAAUGGUAUCUGGUCAGAUUGAGUCUGCUUCUUUUUCUGGAGCUAGUGAACUAUAUUGUAAAUCCAGCUUCGUUUACGGUCAAGAUUGGGUUAUUGCGUCUGGCUCAGAGGAGGGACUGUCUCAAUUAACCACAAAAAGUAACGACGGAAGACAAUUAUUUGUUUUUAAUUUUCCCCUUGAUGCCACGUUUAAGAGUACUAAUCCUUAUGGUUGGCCUCAGUUAGUAAUAAGUUGUUAUGGACCAGACUUUUUUGGUACUGAUAUUGUUCGUGGUUAUGGCUCAGUUCAUGUUCCGACAUCGCCCGGUUGUCAUAUUAGAAAUAUUAGAUUAUUUGUACCAGAGUCCUCUUCACUGCUUCAAAAGUUUACUUCCUGGAUAUUUGGCAGAAGACCGGAAUUUAUUGACCCUAAAGUUGUUGCUCAAAGUGAAGGUAGAGAAGUGACGCGUGUCCGUUCUCAUGGUAAGAUAACUGUUAGGUUUAAUGUGGUAACUAAAGACAUGAAAAAAUUAGGUUAUGAUUGCGAACCUGCUACAAUGAUCGAACCUUACAUUCCACCCGGAGCAUCUAAGUAUAAUCAUGAUCCUGAUCCUGACGAAAAGUAGGUAACUAAUGUUUGGAUUUAGAAAUUGGACAUUUUUGCGUAUCGAAAUACUCAAAUUUGUUCACUGAAUAUUUAAUUGUUUAAUAAUAUAGAUAAUCGUUUAAUAAAUAUCGUAUUAUUACUGAAGAUUUCGUAUAUAAUAUAUUUCUAAAGAUUAUUGUGAAUAUGAUGUAAAUAUAUAAAUAUACAUUUCGCAUAUGA